AUUGUUGUUACUCGAAAUGCAAACGGAAGCACAGUUAGCGGAUAGCACUCUUGCCAGUAUAAGAAAGAGGAAUACUGCCGAUGAAGAAGAAGGAGAAGAAGUCAGAAAGGAGACAACCUAUGGACUAGGUGCUUCUUAUAUGGAUAACGCAACUUCAAAUGGACAUGGAAGCAAUCUAUUGCAACAUCACAACUUACCACCAGCUAUGAGACAUUUCCGCAAUGUUGCUGGGAAACCUGCUAUAUUAGCACUAUCUGCUUUUUCAACAGGGGCUUGUUUCCUUGGUAUUGUGAAUGUAGGGCUCAUCUCCUCCGAGUUACUUUUUACUGUGGCACCUCCAGCAUUCUUUUAUAGUGGAUUUUGUCAAAUUGUUGCUGGAAUAUUGGCCUUUGUCAACAAUGACAACUUUACUGGAGUAGCAGCUUCCUCUUAUGGUGCAUUCUAUUUGGCUUUUGGUGCUUAUAUGGUGUUUUAUACUCAAGGCUUUUUUGGUCCCAUUUCAGUUGUUCAGUUGGAACAUGGUCUAGGUGCUAUGAUAUUUGGUUAUAUUAUAUUUAAUACUUAUAUCUAUAUUGCGUCUUUUAUGUUAACUUUGGGUCUCAUGAUCAUGUUUUUCUUUGUGGAAAUGUCUUUGAUUCUUUCCAUGGCUUCUUUAUAUGGAAAGAUAAGUACUGUGCCAGGUGGUGUGUUUAGUAUUCUGUUAUCGGCAGCAGGUUGGUACAAUGCGGCAUCUUUCCUAUUUGAAGAUAUGUUUGGAAGACCUAUUCUAUUCAAUCCUUUGAUGACCGAUGUUUAUAUGUGGUUCAAACGUCGUAGAUCAGCAUAAUCGUUAGAGAGAAUAUAAUACAUACAUAUAUAUAUAUAUCGAAUAGAAGCUGAUUAUUUGU